CGGAACGAACUACUUCUCCCAUCAUGCCAGGGGAGAGCCCCGCGCGUUCCACCCUGGGAGUCGUAGGCUUCCGCCCCUCGGAUCCAACGGCAAUCUCCGUGUGUGAACCCUGUUACCCAGAAGGCCUCGCGAGACCGCGGCGGAAACUGGGAUUUCCCUGUUUCUCCUUUCCCCCCCGCAAUUGGUGGAACCUGUUGGUGUGGCCCACAAGGCUCAGCGGGGCUGCACGAGGCUAGUUGCUAAGCAAGGGGUACUGUGGUCAACUGCCACCUGAGCCACGGCGACAGGAAUUCUCAGAUUUGUUGCUACCCCAGGGUCCCCGCCAUGCCUCACAUCGACAGUGACAUCAAACUGGACUUCAAAGAUGUUUUGUUGAGGCCCAAACGCAGUACCCUUAAGUCUCGAAGUGAGGUAGAUCUCACAAGAUCCUUUUCAUUUCGGAACUCAAAGCAGAUGUACACUGGGAUCCCCAUCAUUGCUGCCAAUAUGGAUACUGUGGGCACCUUUGAGAUGGCCAAGGUUCUCUGUAAGUUCUCCCUCUUCACAGCUAUCCAUAAACAUUACAGCCUCCAGCAGUGGAAAGAGUUUGCUAGCCAGAAUCCCGAGUGUCUUGAGCAUCUGGCGGCAAGCUCAGGCACAGGCUCUUCGGACUUUGAACAGCUGGAACAGAUCCUGGAAGCUAUUCCCCAGGUGAAAUAUAUAUGCCUGGACGUGGCAAACGGCUACUCAGAACACUUUGUUGAGUUUGUAAAGGAUGUGCGGAAGCGCUUCCCUGAGCACACCAUUAUGGCAGGGAAUGUGGUAACAGGAGAGAUGGUGGAAGAGCUGAUCCUCUCUGGGGCUGACAUCAUCAAAGUGGGAAUUGGCCCAGGUAAGCUGCUUUACUGGGAGCCUCGGGCUACUGCUCCAGUGGCACACGCCCCGGGAGCACUUCACUGUUCCCGUGAUGUGACGUUCUUCUCAGGCUCCGUGUGCACCACCCGCAAGAAAACUGGAGUGGGGUAUCCACAGCUCAGUGCCGUGAUGGAGUGUGCAGACGCUGCUCAUGGCCUCAAAGGCCACAUCAUCUCAGAUGGAGGCUGCAGCUGUCCUGGGGAUGUGGCCAAGGCUUUCGGGGCAGGAGCUGACUUUGUGAUGCUGGGUGGCAUGCUGGCGGGGCACAGUGAGUCAGGCGGUGAGCUCAUCGAGAGGGACGGCAGGAAGUACAAGCUCUUCUAUGGGAUGAGUUCUGAAAUGGCCAUGAAGAAGUAUGCCGGGGGCGUGGCUGAGUACAGGGCCUCAGAGGGAAAGACGGUGGCGGUCCCCUUUAAAGGGGACGUGGAACAUACCGUCCGAGACAUCCUUGGAGGCCUCCGCUCCACAUGCACCUACGUGGGAGCAGCUAAACUGAAGGAAUUGAGCCGGAGAACCACCUUCAUCCGGGUCACCCAACAGGUGAAUCCAAUCUUCAAUGAUGAGAGCUAGACCUGAGCAGCUGUGCCCUCUCAAGGCGCUAGCUCAAGAGGGCUCCUCACCCAUCUCAGCCACUGUGGCUAUUUCUUACUCAGUCAAUUCCUGUUGCCUCACUCCUGAGGGCUCCCGCAGUAAUACCGUACUCUGUACCAACAGAAUGCCCAGGGCUCUCACUGGGGAGAAAGCAAGGCAGGCAGGCUGAGAAAAUGAAGUAAGACAGUCAAGUGUGAAUCUGGGGACCCAGCAUCCUGAGAAUUAUUAAAAGGAAAAGAUGCUGAUUCCUACCUAAGUGUUUAAUGGCCUUGGUCUGGAAGAGGGAGGCUCUUGAAAUCAUGUUUUAUUAAUGAGCUUCAUUAAAUAGGAUCUCUGAAUACCUAAAAAGCCCAAAAGUGUUGCCAUAUUUUAAAUAUCUCAAUAAAGAGAUCCCAAGGACUUUGAAGA